AUGGAGUGCUUGAAGAACAACUUUGUCCGAGGCCAGCUCUUGGACGGUCGAUUCCGGACCGUGGCUCCCUUGAACCACGGAUCCUUUGGUAUGGUCUUUCUUGCAACUGAUACCAAGACCGGCCAAGAUGUGGCCAUCAAGUGCCUGACCAAGGUGCCGUCUGAUGACCCUUCCGCUCCACCAGCAAUCGACGAUCGCUUCGAAGAACUUGACUGCCAUAAGCGCCUUGCAUACCAUCCAAACAUCGUUAAUCUCAUCCACUCAUUCGAGACGGAGGCUCAUCUCUAUCUCGUUCUGGAGUACUGCGCAAAUGGCGAUCUCUACGAAGCCAUCCGGCUCAAUCGCGGUCCUCUGGAGACGGAGCAUGUUCGCGAUUUCAUGCUGCAACUCGUCAGCGCUGUGGAGCAUGUCCAUGCGAACGGCAUGUACCAUCGUGACAUCAAACCAGAGAACAUCUUCUUGACCCAGGACGGUUCGAUGAAGCUGGGUGACUUCGGCUUGGCCACGAGUGAUGCGUGGUGUCAUGAAGGCUGUGUUGGAAGUGACCGCUACAUGGCUCCAGAACAGUACGAGCCAGGUGCCAAUGGCUAUUCUCCCGCCAAGGCUGAUAUCUGGGCUGUUGGCAUCUGUCUGCUCAACAUCCUCUUCGCUCGGAAUCCCUUUGCGACCCCAACGGAGUCGGAUGUUCUGUUCGCGGAUUAUGUUCGCGAUCGCCAGUCUCUCUUCGAUAUCUUCACCAACAUGUCUCAGGACACUUUCGAAAUCCUGAGAUUCGCCUUGGCAAUCGAUCCUGAGAAACGAUCGCUUUCGGCUGUCCGUGAUGCUAUCACGCGGGCUGUCUGCUUCACUACCGACGACGAGGUCUUGGAUGAGUUCUGCACCGAUGAUCGUGAGGUUGUUCCCGCCAGUGCCAACCGCGAGCCUCUUCGGACCCCUUCCAUCCAGACCACCUUUGCCAACCAAGGCGAUUCCUUCCCCUGGGCCAAGGCAUUGCAAUCCAGCCCACCUCCGGCCUUCCGCCAAUUGUCUGCCAUUCCUGACAACGAGAGUUACUCCGAGGAUCUCUUCCCUCCGUCUGAAACUGCCGGAACAUCGUGGUUCUCCAUCCAUCAGGGUACCCUCUCCAUGGCAUCCGUCCUCGAGUCCGCUCUGGGCGAAUCCUUCAAGUCGACUAACUUCCGACGAAAUGCUCCUCGAUAUCCGCCUCCCUCGGACCCUGUCCCCAUCACUGGCUCACUCCCCGGCCAUGCAACCAAGCCCCUUCCUUCCCUGUCCAUGGUCUUUGGUCGGAACAAGAACGAACAAAUCUCCAAGAGUUGGAGUGACCUUUGGGACGAGGAAGAGGAAUCCGAGCAUGAAGACAUUGCUUUGCACCAGCGACGUGAGCAAAACUCUCGUAGCUGGAGUCAUGAAAGCAGCGGCAUCGAUGUUCCUACUCCUGUCGGCGGUCUUCGUGAACCUCAUUCAUCCUCGCUUCUCAAUGUUCGUUCUGCCGUUCCGGAGGCGCCUGUCACCAAGCCAGUGGAUAUUUCCGCCAAAUCACCUCCUGUCGAUGUUGCACAUGUCGAUUUUGGCUCUGUUCCUCGCUAUAUGCCCAGCCCUCCUAAGAAGUCAAACCUCGACAAAUGGGCCGCCCUGGGCGACAAGAGAAGGAACUACAAGCCCACGGAAAGGUCAUUCGGCCAACCGAAAUCAGCAAACAACAUGGCUUGGCGAAAGGACUGGGGCCUUGGGUCCUCUGGAUUUGACUAUGGAACCUGGGCUAAGAAGGACAACCUGGCGCAUCAGGAUCGUCGUCGCCGUCCGUUCCUGGAGAAGGGCAAGCGUCGGGAUGCUAUGGAAUCUCCCAAGGCCGUCAACCCUCAUAUUCUCAGUGAAUAUGAUGGAAGCAUCGAUGAGGAUCUUGAUCUCGUCGGUGGCUGGCAUGACCUUCACCUCUAA